AUGAAGGAAGAAAUACAGGAAAUAUUUGAAGAAUCAGAAUACAAUACUUCUGGUGUUGAAAAAAUGAAUGAAAAAUAUAAAAUAGAUGAAAAGAUAGCAUCUUUCAAUAUUCCAUCACGAUGGACUAUUUAUGGAAAUAUGCUAUUAUUUUCUUUUAAUUCAUUUUCAUCUUCUCAAUGGACUCUUUUUUUUUCAAAACUUGAAAUAUCAGAUAAAACUCUUUUUUAUAAAGGAAUUUCAGAAAUUUUUGGUGUUACACAUCUUGCUCUAAAUGGAAAAAUUCCUCCUAAUGAUGAAAUGAGGAUUCCUGAAAAAUUUGUGCCUUUGUAUGGAGAUUUUGGAUUUAAAGUAAAAGGAAAUCCAACAGAAAAGGAUUUUAAAGAAGCAUUUUGGGCUAGUACAAAACAAAAUGGAAUCUUUCAAGUUUGGUCUCCAAUGUAUACUAUGUUUUCACGUGGAAAUAUUAAAGAAAAGGCCAGAAUUCUUAUGUUGCCAGGUGUUAAAGAUGCAAUAAUUGCUGAUUUAUAUGCAGGAAUUGGAUAUUUUGCAUUUUUCUAUCUUAAAGCAAAAGCAAAACAUGUAUUUUGUUGGGAAAUAAAUCCCUGGAGUGUGGAAGGACUAUGUAGAGGCGCAAAAUUGAACAAUUUUAAGUACGAAAAAGUGAGUAAUCUCGACAAAAAUUAUGAAAAUAAUCAAUUGAUUAUAUUUGAAAAUAACAAUAUUUUAGCAAGUAAACAACUAGCAGGAAAAAUAAAAAAUAUUCGGCAUAUUAACCUUGGUUUACUACCAAGUAGUGAAGAUUCUUGGCUUACCUGCACAAAAAUAUUAGAUAGUGAAGUAGGAGGUUGGAUUCAUGUUCAUGCAGCUGUUUAUAAUAAAGAAAUAUAUAAUUGGACCAAUAAAUGUAAAGACAAAUUUACCUCGUUAUUCAAAAACAAUUGGAAAAUACAAAUCCAACAUGUAGAAAAUGUCAAACAAAUCUCUCCAAAAAAGUUACAUAUAGUAGUUGAUUUAUUAUGUAUUCCAAAAAAUAAGAUAUCACCAAUUAUAUAA